AUGGUGGGCUACGCCAUGGCUUCUGCUCCACCUGAGGCAAGGAAGUUCACCCGGGGGCUCAACAAACCAGGGACCGCCGCAGAGCUGAGGCAAAGCGUUUCAGAAGCUGUCAGGACAUCUGUGUUGGUGGUCAAGCCAAAGAUAAUUGAGCCGCUGGACUAUGAAAACGUUAUUCUCCAAAGAAAGACUCAGAUCAUCAGUGAUGCUCUGCGCGACAUGCUACAGUUUCCACAAGACGACUUUGAGAUAUCCACCCUCAGGCGCCAGGGCCGGACCGUCUUCUCGACCGUGCCAGAGUCCGCAGAGAAAGAAGCUCACGCUCUCUUUGUGCAAGAGUGCAUCAAAACCUACAAGUCGGACUGGCAUGUGGUCAACUACAAGUACGAGGAGUAUUCCGGGGACUUCCGCCAGCUCCAGAAUAAGGUGCCCAGACCUGAACAACUGGCCCCCCAUGUGUUUGAAGUCGAUGAAGACGUAGAAAAAGGCGAGGACACGGCCUCCCUCGGAUCCCAGAAAGGAGGAGUAUCAAAACAUGGCUGGCUGUACAAAGGCAACAUGAACAGUGCUAUCAGCGUCACUAUGAGGUCUUUUAAGAGGAGGUACUUCCAUCUGGCUCAGCUGGGAGAUGGCUCUUAUAAUCUCAACUUCUACAAAGAUGAGAACACGUCCAAGGAGCCCAAAGGAACCAUCUUCCUGGACUCCUGCAUGGGGGUUGUUCAGAACAGCAAAGUCCGACGUUUUGCCUUCGAGCUGAAGAUGCAAGACAAAAGCACGUUCUUGCUGGCCGCAGACAGCGAGGGGGAGAUGGAGGAGUGGAUCAGCACUCUUAACAAAAUCCUCCACAGCAGUUUUGAACAGGCCAUGCAGGAAAAGAGGAAUGGAGACAUACACGACGCCGACGAAGAACACGGAAAGGCAGACCUCUCGUCCGGAAGUUUUCAGGACAGCUUUCAGACUGCCAGAGAUAUCGAGUCCAAGAUGAAAAGUGAAACUCGCCUCAAACUCUUCACGCUGGAUCCUGACACACAGAAACUAGACGUCUCCGGGAUUGAGCCAGACAUUCGGCAAUUUGAGGAAAAGUUUGGGAAAAGAGUUUUGGUCAGCUGCCACAGCCUCUUGUUCAACCUGCAGGGCUGCGUGGCUGAAAACGAAGAAGGACCCACCACUAAUGUGGAGCCCUUCUAUGUGGUGCUAUCCUUAUUCGACGUCCAGAACAGUAGAAAGAUCUCGGCGGAUUUCCACGUGGACUUGAACCACCCUUUAGUCCGCCACAUGACCGGCUCGGGUUACGGGCCCGAUGUUGUGAUCAACGACGAUCCGCGCGCUCUUCCUGAAGCCGCUCUGCAGUUUCCCAAGCAGGGGGUCUUCUCGGUCACCUGUCCUCACCCGGAGAUCUUCCUGGUGGCGAGAAUAGAGAAGGUUUUACAAGGAGGAAUUACCCACUGCACUGAACCCUACAUGAAGAGUUCAGAUUCAACAAAGAUCGCACAGAAGGUUUUGAAAAAUGCCAAAACGGCGUGCAGCAGACUGGGACAGUACAGGAUGCCUUUUGCGUGGGCUGCAAGGCCUGUGUUCAAAGACGCCUCGGGAACUUUGGACAAAAGCGCUCGAUUUUCAGCUGUGUAUAGACAGGACAGCAGCAAGUUGUCAGAUGAGGAUAUGUUCAAACUGCUCACAGACUUCAGAAAACCCGAGAAGAUGGCUAAGCUUCCAGUGCUUUUAGGCAACUUGGAUGUGACGAUUGACAGCGUGGCUCCCGAUGUAUCAAAUUGCGUCACCUCUUCAUACAUCCCUGUCAGGACCUUCGAAGGGAAUGGACCCAGCAGUGCUUUGCUCGAAGUGGAAGAAUUUGUCCCAUGCAUCGCCAAAUGUUCCCAACCCUACACUAUCUACAAAAACCACCUCUAUGUUUAUCCAAAGCAUCUCAAAUAUGACGGCCAGAAAUCGUUUGCCAAGGCAAGAAACGUAGCAGUCUGCAUAGAAUUUAAAGACGCAGAUGAGGACGAAGCGCAGCCGCUGAAGUGCAUUUAUGGCCGUCCAGGAGGUCCUCUUUUUACCAAACAGGCGUACGCUGCUGUUCUCCACCACCAGCAGAACCCAGAGUUUUAUGAUGAGAUAAAGAUCGAGCUUCCCACUCAACUCCAUGAGAAACACCACCUCCUCUUCACCUUUUAUCAUGUGAGCUGUGACAGUAACAGCAAGAAGAAAGACUUGAUCGAGACUCCAGUGGGAUCUGCGUGGCUGCCUUUGCUCAGAGAUGGUAGAAUUAUAAUGAAUGAUCAGCAUUUGCCUGUUGCUGCCAAUCUCCCUGCAGAAUAUCUCAGCUCCCAAGACGCUGUCACCAAGCACUCGGAGAUCAAAUGGGUCGACAGCGGGAAACCAUUGUUCAAAGUCUCCACACACCUCGUCUCUACCGUUUACACUCAGGAUCAACAUUUGCACAACUUCUUUCACCACUGUCAAAAGAUGAACUUAUCGGAGCAAGGUUUGGAGGGCGAGCUGGUCAAAUACCUCAAGAGUCUUCAUGCGAUGGAGGGACACGUCAUGGUCAACUUCCUUCCUACGAUUAUCAACCAGUUGUUUAGUGUCCUGACCAGAGCCACGCAUGAAGAUGUAGCAGUCAACGUAACAAGGGUGAUGGUGCACGUCGUCGCUCAGUGCCACGAAGAAGGACUGGAGCACUAUCUCAGAUCCUAUGUGAAGUUUGUGCUGAAACCUGAGCCAUAUUCUGGUUUAAAUGUGAAAACAGUUCAUGAGGAGCUUGCUAAAGCCAUGACGGCCAUUUUGAAACCAUCCACAGACUUUCUGACAAGUAACAAGCUGCUGAAGCACUCUUGGUAUUUCUUCGAGGCGCUGGUCAAGUCCAUGGCUCAUUAUCUCAUUGAAAGUGGAAAAGUGAAGACGUCCAGAAACCUGCGUUUUUCCGCCUCCUUCCAUCACGCGGUGGAAACGCUGGUGAACAUGCUAAUGCCUCACAUCACGCAGAAGUACAAGGACAACCUGGACGCGGCUCGUAACGCCAACCACAGCCUCGCGGUUUUCAUUAAACGCUGCUUCACUUUCAUGGACAGAGGUUUUGUGUUUAAACAAAUCAACAAUUACAUCAACUGUUUUGUACCAGGAGAUCCCAAGACACUGUACGAGUUUAAGUUUGAGUUUCUUCGUGUCGUCUGUAGCCAUGAGCACUUUGUUCCUCUGAACCUGCCAAUGCCCUUUGGGAAAGGAAGAAUACAGAGGUUCCAGGAUCUGCAACUGGAUUAUUCUCUGACUGAUGACUUCUGUCGAAACCACUUCCUGGUGGGGCUGCUGCUGAGGGAGGUGGGCGGGGCUCUACAGGAGUACAGAGAGAUCCGACAGAUUUCCAUUCAGGUCCUCAAGGCGCUGAUGAUCAAGCACACGUUCGACGACCGCUAUGUCGCAAAAAGCCAUCAGGCCCGGCUGGCCACUCUGUAUCUCCCCAUGUUUGGACUGCUCCAGGAAAAUGUGCACAGACUGGACAUGAAGGACCUGGUUCCAUUCAGCAACCACAAUAAUGCCAGGGAAGACCCACUGGUGCACAAUGCUAUGGCCACACCACACAAACAUGGCAGCUGUAUAGAAAACGCUCUCCACAAAGAUGUAUUUGGGGUCAUCUCUGGAACAGCCUCUCCACACAGCUCCACUCCAAACGUCAGCUCGGUCCACCAUGCAGACUCCCGAGGCUCUCUGAUCUCCACUGACUCUGGAAACAGCCUGGACAAAAGCAGCGACCGAACCAACUCCUUGGAGAAGAACCAGUGUGCGUCCGCUCUGGGCAGCACCUUGCUCCGUUGCGAUAAACUGGACCGAGAGGAGAUCAGAAACUUGCUCAUGUGCUUCCUGCAUAUACUCAAGAGCAUGUCAGAAGAGGCCCUAUUUUCAUACUGGAACAAAGCGGCUCCCUCUGAUCUCACAGACUUCUUCACAUUAUUGGAAGUGUGCCUUCAUCAGUUUAGGUAUAUGGGCAAGAGAUUCAUCGCCAGGAGCCAGGACGGGACAGGCCUCAUGACUCCCGAUAAGAAGUCUUUAACGCUGCCUGUGUCUCGGAACAGGGCGGGGCUUAUGCACGCGAGGCUACAGCAGCUGGGGACUCCUGAGAGCGCACACACCUUCAACAACAUGUACACUCACGCCGACGCUGACGUGAGCAGCCAGUGUCUGCUGGAGGCCAACGUGUCCACCGAAGUCUGCUUCACCGUGCUGGACACCCUCAGCAUCUUCAUCAUGGGCUUCAAGACUCAGCUGACCUCCGACCUCGGCCACAACCCUCUCAUGAAGAAGGUGUUUCAGGUUCAUUUGUGCUUUCUGCAAAUUCCACAAUCGGAGACGGCGCUCAAGCACGUCUUCACCUCCCUCAGGACCUUCAUCUACAAGUUUCCCUGUACGUUCUUCGACGGUCGCGCCGACAUGUGCGCCUCUCUGUGCUACGAGAUCCUAAAGUGCUGUAACUCCAAGCUCAGCUCCAUUCGCAGCGACGCCGCCCAUCUGCUCUACUUCCUCAUGAAAAGCAACUUCGACUACACCGGCCGCAAGUCUUUUGUACGGACGCACCUGCAGGUGGUCAUUGCAGUGAGUCAGUUGAUAGCAGAUGUGAUUGGGAUUGGAGGCACCCGCUUCCAACAGUCUCUAUCCAUUAUAAACAACUGUGCCAAUAGUGACAAGAAUAUCAAGCACACAGCGUUCCCCUCGGACGUCAAAGAUCUAAUGAAGCGCAUUCGGACAGUGCUGAUGGCCACAGAGCAGAUGAAGGAGCACGAGAACGACCCGGAGAUGUUGGUGGAUCUUCAGUACAGUUUGGCCAAAUCCUACACCAGCACCCCAGAGCUCCGCAAGACCUGGCUGGACAGCAUGGCCCGUAUCCACAACAAGAACGGGGAUCUGUCAGAGGCAGCUAUGUGCUACGUCCAUGUGGCUGCUCUUGUGUCUGAGUACUUGUGGCGCAAAGGUAUGUUCAGACAGGGCUGCGCUGCUUUCCGGGUCAUCACCCCCAACAUCGACGAGGAGGCGGCCAUGAUGGAGGACGUGGGAAUGCAGGACGUUCACUUUAAUGAGGAGGUGCUGAUGGAGCUGCUGGAGGAGUGCGCAGAUGGUCUGUGGAAAGCAGAACGCUACGAACUCAUCGCCGACGUCUACCGGCUCAUAAUCCCCAUCUAUGAACAGCGUAGAGACUUUGAGAAACUCACUCAUCUCUACGACACGCUGCAUCGAGCCUACACCAAGGUCAUAGAAGUGAUGCAUUCUGGGAAAAGGCUGUUGGGAACAUAUUUCAGAGUGGCUUUCUUUGGGCAGGGGUUCUUUGAGGAUGAAGACGGGAAAGAGUACAUCUACAAAGAGCCCAAGUUCACUCCACUUUCUGAGAUUUCCCAGAGGCUGCUCAAACUCUACUCCGACAAGUUUGGUCAAGAGAAUGUCAAGAUUAUACAAGACUCUGGAAAGGUGAACCCAAAGGACCUGGACCUGAAGUACGCCUACAUCCAAGUCACGCACGUCACUCCGCACCUGGACGACAAGGAGCUGGAGGACCGGAAAACCGACUUCGAGAAAAGCCACAACAUCCGAAGAUUUGUUUUUGAGACGCCGUUCACCGUGUCGGGGAAGAAGCAGGGAGGAGUGGACGAGCAGUGCAAACGACGGACCGUUCUCACCACCACCCACUGCUUUCCGUACGUGAAGAAACGAAUCGCUGUGAUGUACCAGCACCAGACCGACCUAAGCCCCAUCGAAGUGGCUAUCGACGAGAUGAGCGGGAAGGUGGCAGAACUGCGCCUGCUUUGCUCCGCUUCGGACGUCGACAUGAUUAAGCUGCAACUAAAACUACAGGGCAGCAUCAGCGUUCAGGUCAACGCUGGACCACUCGCAUACGCCAGAGCAUUCCUCGAUGACAGCAGUGCCAAGAAAUACCCGGACAAUAAAGUUAAACAGUUAAAGGAAGUCUUCAGGCAGUUUGUAGACGCCUGUGGUCAAGGGUUAGGAGUGAACGAGCGGCUAAUCAAAGAGGACCAGCAGGAGUACCAUGACGAGAUGAAAGCCAACUACAGAGACCUGACCAGGGAGCUGUCUGACAUCAUGCACGAGCAGAUUUUCCCAGUAGAGGACGGCUCUCGAAACGCGCUGUCGGAUUCAAUGGGAAUCUUUAACGCCAUCAGCGGCACUCCGACCAGCGCCAACCCACACGCCUCCACCACCAUCCUCUGA